AAGCGAGCGUGCUGCGUGCUGUACCGAGAAGGAGGAUGAGGAGCUGGAGACGAAGCUGAGGAGGCCUCAAGUCGCAUUUAGAGCUGUCCUAGAGGGGCGGCCGGCCGUUAGGAGCGCCAUGUGAUGGGACGUGCUCGCGGCGCGCGAGCGUGGGAAUCACACCCCGUCACAUCGGGCGGACGCGUCUCAAGUCAUGCCCAAGCGUCACCUCUGCUGCGCCCGCAGCGCUAUAAGUGCUCGUCGCACCGUGGCGCUCCUCUCUUCAGCACCACCACCACCCUCCACCCUCACCUCGCUUCUCGCUCCUGCGGCCUGCAAGCAUCGCCGCCGCCGUCGCGGCUGCGCCUGGCUCGGAACGACGCCGACGUCUGGCGAUCGCAGCACACGGAUGGGCAAGACACGCACUCUGCACCACCACUGCCGCCGCCGCUGCCCGGCUGCUGCACCUCGCUGCCAUUCCACGCACACGCCGUCGUACGCCGUCUCUCUUCGCCACUGCUCGCCUCGUCAUGCUCAGACUCGCCCAUUCCCAUCCCUGCUCCUCUCCACUCUCUGCCGGUAGAGCCUGAGCGCGCAUCGGUACACGCCGCGCCUCCUCGGCGCAGAAGUACUUUCGCCUUGCCUCUCACCGGAUGCGGACAGAGAAUGCGGUCAGCGUUGCACGAGAGCUGCUCGUGCGAUGCUGACCGCAUUCCUCUGCAGCCGUCCAGUGAGAGAAAAGGCGAACGCGCCAUGACUGCGCCCAGGCCAGACUCCAGCGCGAUUACCGCAAGGCUCGGUGCAGCAGCCUCGUCGUAGGAUGAGAGUCAUUCGGUGGUGCGGACGUCUGCUUGGGCGGGACAUCCCAGCACAGGCAGCUUUGCACGAGCAUCGUGCAACGCCGCCCGCGCUGCGGGUCGUUUCGCGCUUCGGACAUCUACACCUCGGACUCUGACUGCUUCUCUCCCGAUGACGCGGCCUGCACCUC